CAAAACUCUAAUUACAGCACAACAGGUUGAACUUGUAUAAGGAUAAAAAAAACAGGUUUAAGCUGUAAUGAUUUGGAGGAGCAAAAAGGUAGAAGAAAAUUGAAACCGCUGGGUUCUGUCAUCUCUGCCUCUGGAUGAAUUGAAGAGUGAGCGAGUCCACAGAGAGACCAAUUGGAGUCACAGUGAUUCACACCCAAUAAUCUUCUACAAUUCUUAUGCCUUUUUUUUUUUGCUGCUUCCACUAAUCAAUUCCAUUUCCAUCCAUGAUUCAUUGUUAUUACUACUAUUCAAAUUAAAAUAAAAGCAUUGAAUAGAAUUAUGGGUACGGAUUCCAAUGGAUGGAACCGUGCUCGAGGGUUAGCAGUAAAAGCUCUACUACUCAUCGGUGGUGCUCUUCUCGUCAAACGUCUCCGUAAGUCCACCACUCGCUGGGACCAUGCUCGUUUAGUUGCUCAGUCCCUCGCCGGCGAAAAGUAUUCCAAAGACCAAGCUUCUAGAGACCCUGAUAAUUAUUUCAAUAUUAGAAUGCUUACAUGUCCUGCAGCAGAGUUAGUAGAUGGUUCAAAGGUUCUAUAUUUUGAGCAGGCUUUUUGGAGGAGUCCACAGAAACCCUUUCGGCAGAGGUUGUUAAUGGCGAAACCUUGUCCAAAAGAGUUGAAAUGUGAUGUUGAGUUAAGUACAUAUGCCAUUAGAGACAUGGAGGAAUACAAAAAUUUCUGUGAUCGGCCAAAGGAUCAGCGCCCACAACCAGAAGAAGUUAUUGGGGAUAUUGCAGAACAUUUGACAACAAUAAAUCUUAAGCGUUGUCCACGCGGAAAACGUUGCUUAUAUGAAGGCUCCACCCCACCUGGCGGGUUUCCUAAUUCAUGGAAUGGAGCAACCUACUGUACUUCAGAACUUGCAAUUAUGAAGAACAAUGAGAUACACACAUGGGAUCGGGGUUACGAUGAAGACGGAAAUCAAGUUUGGGGACAAAAAGAAGGUCCUUACGAGUUCAAGCCUGCACCAACCUCCUGUUUUAAUGAUAUGUUGUCGCCCUUGAAUUUUCCCCCUCCACCAUCCAUGGAGAGAAGAAUAGAGGGUUCAUUUAUUUUGCAAGAAUGAAAGUGUUUCAUAUAACCAUAAUGUGUAAUUUCCGCCACUUGCUAUCUGUCAAUAUUAAUAGUGUUUAUCUUUCUCAUAAGUUAGUCAUUACUAUCUUUUCAAUAUUUUGACUGCAUUUUAUACAUGUUAAAAACCAUAGCCAAUAAAAGAGCUGGCUUAAUUUUUUUCGGA